AUGCCACCGACAACGGAAAUUCAAGAGCAAAAUGAAUAUGGCAUAAACUAUUUCUGGAGACGCCAGUCACAGAUAUCGCCGCCGACUUGGAUAGGGUGGAUGAGAAUUUCCCAAACGGUCCAAUCCUAUGCAUACCGUGCUUGUUUACUCGCUACGCUGUCUAGUGUCUUCGAGAAGAGCUCAGGAGGAAUGCUGGUCCAAGAUCUAAUACCAUUUAUUUUAAGUUUUUGGCCUCUUCUCUUCGGUCAUUGCAUUCUCUCGUUGGUUUUACUCUCAUGCCAGGUAGGUAUUGUGUUCGUGCGCGUCUAUUGUAAUUUUACGCAUGGCGAGUUAUUUAUUACACAAACGUAAGUGGAGCUCUAUUGUAUUGUGUUUUUGGUAAUACAUGCUUUUGAUCCUGGUUGAUGGAACUGCUCUUGUCACCUUUUUAUGUUAUAUCAAAUAUAUACUUUUUAAAAACACAUGCAAUGUUUAUUGAGGUGCCUGGGGCCUUUUUGCACCCUCACACUAUUGCAUCAACUAUUGAGAAGUUUUGAGUGGUAAGCAGCUGUAGUUCCCAGUCAGUUGAUGCAAUGUUUUCAUGUGAGGUAUACUAUUAAGUGAUUGGAACACACACACACACACACACACGGGAAGGCAGGCAGAAAGCGGUAGACUCCUGGAAAGUAGUACAUAGUGAGCUAUAGAUUCCCAUCUGGAAUAUGAUGUUGAGGAUGAGUAUUCUAACCCCUGGCCCUUGUUGCUGCCUACAGAGAGCAGUGAGCGGCUGUGCAGGCGCAGUAUGUUGCCAGGGUUCAUGUGUAAUGUGAUCUGCUCGAGUUUCCAAGUCCACCCACACACACUCCUCAGGGCAGCCUACUGCCCACUGGUGGUGGGUGGUUUCUCUGAGGGAGAGGGUUGCAGCCAUAGACAUGAUACCAUCAUGUAUGUCUAUGAAUGCAGCUUCUGGGGAAGCAAUAUAGUAGAGGGAAAGGAUCUUGAAGGUUUAGUUUGCUGAUGCACUAGCACUAAUGGUACAGGACAUUAUAUGCACUGAUUAAAUUACAGUAGGUAGGCUACAGUAGGCAUAUAUUAACAUUCUAAGCUCUCAUCUCGCAAUCCUUUUUAAUGAUUUUUAAUGACUUUUUCUGAAAUAUGCCUUUUGGGGGUGGAUAAUGAAAGUAAAUAUUAUUGAAUGCAUAAUGAAUAGUGAAACUCUCUCUCUCUCUCUCUCUCUCUCUCUCUCUCUCUCUCUCUCUCUCUCAGGGUGAACUCCAGAGGUCAUGCUCACAGACUGUAGCUGAGAAAGUGAGCGAACACUGCCAGCUGGCAUGCCAGUGUAGAAGCUACCCUCCCCUUCCUCCCCCGCCUCCUCCCCCACCUCCCCCACGGCUACUGUUGGCCACAGGUAAGGUUCAACUCACACCUGUCUCACACCACACCAACCAGCCUCUGCUGUUUCACUCUCCUGUCUCACAGUCACCUGUUUCACUCACAACUGUUUCACUUCCAGUGCCUGUAUCUAUCUAAACCCUUUCACUUUAAAUGUCUUGCUAUUCUGGCCUUACACCAGACGAUCUGUAGUGGAAUGACGUGUUUGCAUCGUUUCAACAUGAGGUUUCUGAGUAGUGGAAGAGAGUGGUGUGUGUUGACGGAGAAAUGCUUUUUCUGAGAAGACUACGAGUGUGUGAUACUAGAGCCGACAGGAUGUUGAUAGCAGAACAGAGGGAGAAUUUGUGCUUGACUUUACCUUCGGGAGUACACAGUUGCUUGUGAAAUCUCUGCCUGCUGGCCUGCCAGGCUCAGUGGUUGGGUUUCCCCUCGAGGACCCCCUGGUUAUAACACAGAUGAGUUAAUUAAAUUAUGUUUUGAGACAGAUAAGAGGGCUAAUGAACUGUCCCGGCAGUCCCAUCUGCGUUUUGUAAGUCGAGCCGGGACCACUGACUGACUGACUGACUGACUGACUGACUGACUGACUGUGUGUGUGUGUGUGUGUGUGCGCGUGCCUGUGUUGCCACACAGUUUUCUGUAUUUUUCCUGAGUUUCUUGCCUUACUGGUUUCCAUGUCUCCUUCACCAUACUUCAGUGCUUUACUAAUGAUCAGAUGUGUUUCUGAUCUGAUACUGGGACAUUCUUGUCAUUGACAAAUGAGUUGUAUCAACUAUAUUAAUCAGUGUAUGACAUCGCAAUGGUGGAAGGAGGAUAGUUUGUCAAUAUGACUGUUGAUAUGAUUUGUAUGUUGUCAUGAAUACUGUAAUGAACAGAGCUAUGAAAUAUGAGACAGGAAUUGCUGAUGGUGCACUCAGCCCAGGUUAAAACUGAGACUGUUGAAAAUCAGUCAGCCGAAACACUUCAUACUGAGAGUCUGCAGGAGCACUUCAUCAUCAAAUGCUCAGCAGACAGCCAUGGAAAUGGUUCAAUCAAUCAGAUUAAAUUAUUUCCUCUGUCUGGUCAAUUCAGAUGGGCCUUUUUUCCUCCUAAAUUACCAAGUGAGGCAUCUAUGAAUAGAUCGAUAGGGCUGUCAUUGACCACUGUGUCUCUAACUUACCUAACCUAUCUGCCAUCUGUUGAUGUAUAAGUCCACAAUGUCCAUCAUGAAUGCAGGACUCUUCCACCGGGUCUUUUCUGUAAAUGUGGUCUACAGUCUGUUGGCUGUGUAUCGUCUCACCAUAUUGUAAUUCCCUGUUUAUGAAUCUAAAGAGUUAUACACAUAGAUGCACAAUAUGGAUGUAUGUUUAUGUAUGUAUGUUCUAUUUCUAUGGAUAUAGAUCUUUCUGUGACUACUGUCAAGGCCACUGCAUGGAAGAUUCCCUGAAUGAUUCUAUGAGAUUCUCUGAAUUCUCUGACUGUACAUUUAAGCAUGUCGUUCUGUAUUUAUUAUGUGGUUUGAAAAGAAGAUAACUAUUACAAUGGCAAAGCAAAACCUCUUGGCCACGGCAAAAAAGUAUUCAUUCAGUAAAAUGUGAAAAUAGCAUUUUUCUAUCAUAGUCUAUGGUACGUUAGGAAGAAAGCAUGUAUUUAUGUUGUUCAUGUAUUGGGAGAGAGGCAAAACAUUUCUCAACUGGCCUCAGUGAGAGCUUUGUGGAUAAAUAACAGUGGCAUACUACUUAAAGGAUUUAACUGUAAUCAUUGCUGUUGUAAAAUCUGUUUGUUUUGGUGUGUGCCAGAUGCAUAAGGGAGCUGAUUGGAGUUUUCAGAGUGGUCCCAAAAUAAUUAAUGAAUAUGCAUGAAAAAGUGGGACAAUGAGAGAGACUCUAUCUACAAAAAGUUUCAAAUGAGGCAAAUUGGCAGUGUUGAAUAAAAGUAUGUGCUCUAGAAAUGGCUCAGAAGUCCCUUCAAAAGAGAGAGCUUUAUCACAAUGAAGUAGAUCCGUACCCCUGACUGAAUUAAAUCCAAAAUACAGGAUUAAAACUGAAGUUGGGCUCAGAGGAGAUUUUACAUUCAUAGUGACUUAUGACGUGGUGUACUGGGGGGAAAUGUGACUUGUCAUUUGCUCUGGAUAAAUCUAAAGUGUUGGAAUAUUCCACAGCAUUGCUAAGGGUUAUGUGUUACCAUGGAGUCAAUUCCUCCCCCUCAUUCACAACAAAACUAUACUCUGAAUGCAUGGGAUGUGAUUAUUGCAUUUCUCUCUGUUACUGGAUGAUAAACCUAGAUUAUUAAACCCAGCCAUCAUUACACUCUUGGCAGUGGGUUGGGGAGCUAUAUUCAGUUCAUGUUUUCAUACUUAGAUAUAAUAAAAUGGAUUCCCCAUCAGACAGAGUGAGACAUGCUUAUUGCUGGGGACCCCUAAGACCUCCCUCCUGUCAAACUGAGCAGUAUUAUCAGUGCCACAGCUUUUAACUAUCUCCAUGGUAGGCUAUUCACCUUCAUAAAAAGGGGAGGGUUGGAAGGAAUAAAAACAAAAGAGGGACAGAAAGGGAGAGAGAGCGAAAACAGCACGUGGCUAGAGAAAAAACAUGUUAGCAGAGAGAUGUAGAGAGAGAGAGAGAGAGAGAGAACAGAGGAAGGUCUAGGGAGAUGGUGAGAGCAUGGAGUACACUCUUCAGAUACUGUACGUUGCUAAGCUGCACUGAGUGUAAUAUAAGUUCCCUGGUGUGUGUCCUUGUACUUGUACAUAGUCCUAACCCUCAGUCAGACAUAAUGUGACCAUAACAUGGUGCUCCUGUAGGUGGAAUCAGUUUGGACAUAGAGUGCUUGUGUAAUAAAGGCUGACUGCAUUUUAAAUGAUUCAUGGAGCAGGGUUAGAUAUCUCUGAACAUUUAACCUAAGAACUGGAAGAACAGGUGAGCACCACCCUGCUAUCCAGAGUUAGGAAGCAAAUCAGGCCCAGAGCUUUAUGGUGUAAUAGUAUAGUAAUAUAAGGUUGAGAAUCAAUACAUUUUUAAUCAGAACACUGCCAAGUUGAUUACAACAUGGGCUGUGGUGGGGCUGCAUUAAUGAUGAGCUUUCAUCAUGCUAUCCUAAGACAGAAUGGCUGUCUAUGAAGCAUUUAUGAUGUAAUACAUACUGUAGGACAAAAACAGUAUCUAGGCUAAAGCAGUUUGCAUGAUAACCUAAUCUCAAUAAGCAGCCAAGUGCUAGUGCUGUGUUAGAAUAAUAAUGAUGUUUGAAAAUGUAACUGUAUUUUUCUCUCUUUAUCCAUCCCCCUCUCCUCAUCACUCCCAGUGGUUGAGUCCCCUCUGCCGCUGUUGAGGCCGUGGUGGAUGGAGAUCAUAGUGCUUGGAACGGUGGGCUGUGCCUCAGCUGUUUUCCUCCUUUCAGCCAUGAUCAUCUGCUACAAGGCCAUAAAGAGGUAUGUCAGUUAGCUAUGUCAACAAGAUUGGCAUGGAAAAGACUGUGUGGUGUCAUUCUUAUAGCAUACAUCCAUUCAGAAUAUAUCAAUCUAAACAUAAAAACAUGUAUAUUCCUUUCAUAUUCAAUUAUUAGGCAUUUUUAUUAAGCUUUCAAUAUCUCAUCAUUGCUUACAACACAACCUAAAACAUUGCUUAGGUUACAACAAUAAUUAGUGGCUGUGAAAAAUAUUUUAUUCUGGGUGUUGUUGCUAUGUCAUUGUCAUGUUAUUAUUGCGCUAAAGAAGGACAAGUGGCCUGUCUUAUGGGUCAGUGGGAGUUCAGAGGUCAGGGUAAUGGAAUAGGUCACAGGUGUCAUUUAGAAAGCACCACCCAUCCACCUACAGCAGAGUCCUUACACUGUCACUCAUCAAUACUGUAUAUCAUACAUAAUGUUACACAAUGCAGCUUUCACCGCAAAACAAGUUGGAUGGAAAUUAUAUCUAUAAUCUUACAGGGAAUAACCCAAUGAUCUGAAAGACCCGUGCUAUAGUUAGCAGUUCCUGUCACCAGUGUUCUAGACAUUGAAAUACUUUGGACAUUCCCUGUUCUAUUUCUUGGCGUGGGCUGAUUUUGAAUUGCAUAAUUGUACAGAACUUUUUAGACUAGCAACUGAAUCAAUGUGAAAGUAAAGGCAAGAUGGGUUACCGGAGAAAGCCCAUGACCCUGUCACCGUAGUGAUGAUGUGAACUGUUUCCCCCUGUUUGGAUUGGCUCAUCGGAGGAAAGGCCAUGUGGGGCUUUAGCCUGCAGCACAACCAAUACCUAAUUCCCUGUCUGACAUUCAGGCAGCACAGUGUCAUACAAGCACUCAGACACACAUGUUCAGACACUUAAACACCCACAUACUGUGCACAGUGCGUGCACACAGACACACAUGAUAAACACACACACACACACGCUAACAGGCACAGUGUGACUGAAGAAGAUAUAAAUGUGCACUAAGAAUGCAUACAGUCACAGCUGUAGACACGUUUUUGCACAUUAUUUGAAUGCAUUAAAUUGUUAUUCAUAAAACUGUAUAAAGAGUGGAUGCUACAUAUGUCUUUCCUCAGUAGGAUUAUAUUUAUCAUUUUCCCAAACAACAAACAGGCAAAGUCAGGCAGUGGAAGUAAUUGGAGGUUGGCUCAGGAAUUCAUUAUGGCAAUUCACCAGCCCCGUCUGUAGCCAAGGGGUACCUUUUUUAAUGCAGCGAUGGAAUGAAAGUGUUGUUGCAAUACGGGCCGUUGUAGCCCCAAACCAAAGUCAUUAUUUAUGAAUUAAUUUGUGCAGUCAUUCAGUCGCAGGCUACAUCUUUUAUACAUGCAAGCGGGUCGUGUCCUGAAGUUCUUACAGGGGUGGGAUCUGUGACUGCAGACUCUGUGCCACGCCAAGCCUCCAUCCCCUGUGACUGCAGACUCUGUGCCACGCCAAGCCUCCAUCCCCUGUGACUGCAGACUCUGUGCCACGCCAAGCCUCCAUCCCCUGUGACUGCAGACUCUGUGCCACGCCAAGCCUCCAUCCCCUGUGACUGCAGACUCUGUGCCACGCCAAGCCUCCAUCCCCUGUGACUGCAGACUCUGUGCCACGCCAAGCCUCCAUCCCCUGUGACUGCAGACUCUGUGCCACGCCAAGCCUCCAUCCCCUGUGACUGCAGACUCUGUGCCACGCCAAGCCUCCAUCCCCUGUGACUGCAGACUCUGUGCCACGCCAAGCCUCCAUCCCCUGUGACUGCAGACUCUGUGCCACGCCAAGCCUCCAUCCCCUGUGACUGCAGACUCUGUGCCACGCCAAGCCUCCAUCCCCUGUGACUGCAGACUCUGUGCCACGCCAAGCCUCCAUCCCCUGUGACUGCAGACUCUGUGCCACGCCAAGCCUCCAUCCCCUGUGACUGCAGACUCUGUGCCACGCCAAGCCUCCAUCCCCUGUGACUGAGUGAGGAGGGAGAAACGCUAAGGUCCAGUCUGACUGCCCACAUUAGCCCUGAACCAAUAACAAAUCAGUCUGAGGAAAUGAUUGAGGAAAAAAUUGAUUUGAAAAUUGUCAUGUAUCCUCUCUGACUGACUGAGUGAGAGACAGAGAAACAGAGACAGAUGAAUGUUGUCUUCCAAAGCUUGGAAACAGCAGUAAUUGGGUCUUAGUCAAUAACAAUGUGAGAGAGGUUUUGUCAGUGACAAAAACAGAAACAGUUAUAUAUAGCCCAUCCAGCCCUUCAGUGCUCAAGGCUUUCCCAAUGAAAAUCAGCUGGAGUGUGGCCAAGGCCCCAGCAGCACAAACACUAGAGGAGCUAUCUCUGCAAGCCCCGGCCGUCCCUUAGCUGGGCUGCACACAUUUGGCCUUUUGUUUUUUUUGUCUCAUAAUCUUAUUCCGCCAGUCAUCUGUCAGAGGCAAAGAGGUUGGACCCAUUUCAUCCAAUUCAAUUCAGUUCAUAGCAUCAUGGGAGAUGCUGCAUGACAGUGCUGUGCUAUCCAAAACGCAGACAUGAUGCUGCAGUCCAUGCUGUCAGCAAUGCAGGCAAUCUAAACACCACAACAAAACAAGACAACAUACUGUGCCUGUUUUUCUCAAUUACUCGCUCCUCUGGGAUUUCUGUCCAACAAGGAGGACAAAUCAGGACAGUUUGUGUUAAGGGUAAAUCCAGCAUAACCAUUCAGUUAAAGAUUUCAUGAGAAAGCUAACUAUACUGUAUCUUUAAUGAAUUUAUUACAGUCUAUAUUCUAUUCUGGUUUUAUGAUAUUUCAUUACCACAACCACUUCCGAAACAGUGAAAAGUGAAAACCACUUUAUGAAGAGUCUUUAAACAGUAGCAUGUUCCUCUAGUGUCCAUAUGGUAUGAGAGUAAAUGUAAACAGCUCAACGCAUGUCCCAACCUCAACAUUAUCCCUUCCCCAAACUUCAAACGGACGUGUGCUGGGAUUGCACAGAUUUGAUAUGAAAUAUUAAUUUGACCUGUGAAGUGUUGUGUAGCCACCUGCCAAGUGUCAACAGCACGACAUCUAUUAUUAAAGGCCUGGGUAGAGGUCGCUGUGAGGCCCAAACACCCUGCCCUCAAUGGUGGCCUGCUGGAAAAAUAUUGAUGAUCAUUGACUAGAGACUAGGUCAGUGCCAGUGGAGAAAGUUAUGGGGCUUAAAACACAUUUUCAGUGGUCCAUGGAGACUUCAGUGGGGAAGUCUGGUGUAUCCCAACUCCCCUAGCUACCUCCAAACCUUAAAUGCAUGCACACAAACAUGCGCACACACACACACACACACACCAGCACUAGCCAAUCGUCCCAGCAGGAUGUGUUCGCACCCUUGGGCCCUUGAAAAAGAAAAGGAGAGCUGCACACUCUAGGAGUUCAGAUGCAAUAAUUGAAUAACCAACAUUUGGACAGACAAGCUGUCUUCAUCAGGGUAUAAUGACAAACACUCUGGGUCACUAGUUUAUAUAGUUUGAAAGGACACACACAGGUGUCUGUAAUCAUGGCCAGCUGUGGCUUGAUUUCAUUGGUUGAUUUUAGAGGUAUAAAUAGAACAUAUAAAAAAGCAUGAAUGGAUAACAUAGGAUCAUAGAUACAAUUUGGCUACAUAGUCCCACAAACACGAUUUACAAUGGCUAGCAAAAACACAAUAAUCACAAGAAUGGCUUCAGAUCAAACUCUGAACCAGAAUGGAGUAAGGGUCUUUAAAUUAAAGAUCCAGGUGGCCUCUCGUUUUAACAAUACAUUGUCAAGGUCACCCCCUCUCCUAGGGAGGGUGACGUGUUCGAUGCCGAUAUAGCGAAGGGACGAAAUAGAGUGGUUCACUUCCAAAAAGUGGGCCUCAACUGGGUACGUCGAGUUUUUGCAUCUAAUGGUGCUACGAUGCUCAGAGAUUCUUACUUUUAGUUCGUGCUUUGUUUUGCCCACAUCAUUGUUACCACAAGGACAAGUUAUAAGAUAAAUAACUGCCUUAGUGGAGCACGUAAUAACACCUUUGAUUGGGAUCUGUUUCCCUGUUUGGGGGUGUUUGAAGGAUCUACAUUUCUAAGUGCCAUUGCAUUGAGCGCAGCCAUUACACUUGUAGUUUCCAUCCGGUAGAGGCGCAAGGAGACGUUGUGCGGGGGUAUUUUGAUGGUAAAUCAGAGUUUACCAAUUGAUCUCUGAGAUUUCUGCCCCGCGAGAAUACGACCAAAGGAGGGUCUGAAAACACAUUACCUAUACUGUCAUCAGAUCUUAAAAUGUGCCAAUGUUUGUGAACGAUUCCCUUCAUUUCUUCAGAAUGGCAGUAUUGAUUUGACCAUUUUUGUACCCCCUUUCCUUGAAUUUUCUUUGCAUCUCAGCCAUGUUUCUGUCGAAAUCUGAUUGUUUUUUGCAAAUUAUUUUGAUUCGACAGAAUUGGUUGUAGGGCAAACUGUUUUUCAAGGGAAGCGGGUGACAGCUAUCAGCCCUCAACAAACUGUUAUGAUCAGUGGGUUUCCUGUAAAGAUCAGUGUAUAGAACAUUAUCCUCACACAAAAUCAAAAUAUCAAGGAAACUGAUUUGACGUGUCAGAUUGCGUAGGGAAUCUCAGGUGCUCAGAACAAGAGUUCCGAAAAGCAUGGAACGCCUUGAGCUGUUUUGCAUCACCUCUCCAUAAAACAAAAAAUAUCAUCAAUGUACCAUUUCCAAAUAAUACAAUUUUUGAGAGGAUUGAGAAUUGACUGUUUCUCCAUGUAACCCACAUACUAAUUAGCAUAGUUAGGAGCCAUAGGGGAUCCCAUAGCAGUACCCUUUGUCUGGAUAAAUAUAUUGUUUUGAAACAUGGAAUAGUUACGUGUGAGUACUAUUUCAGCCAAUGUUAUAAUGCAUGCACUGGAGGGUAGUUCCUUUGGGUCACGUUGCAAAAUAAAAUGUUCCAUGGUACCCUUGGGCCCAGCAGUUUCCUCUCCAGGCAGGUUGUCCCAGGUCUCAGAGGGAGAACACAGCAUCUGUUUAUUAGCAGGGCUGCCACUGUCUGUGGGUAGCCAUCACCACCAAGGUUUUUGGGAAAACAAAUACACACAAACACCAGCACUAGCCAAUCAUGUCCCAGCAGGAUGUGUUGGUACCCUUGGGCCUGGCAGUUUCCUCUCCCAGGCAGGUUGUCCCAGAUCCCAGAAGGAGAACACAGCAUCUGUUUAUUAGCAGGGCUGCCACUGUCUAUGGGUAGCCAUCAUCACUACCACCACCACUGUCUAUGGGUAGCCAUCAUCACUACCACCACCACUGUCUGUGGGUAGACAUCAUCACUACCACCACCACUGUCUAUGGGUAGCCAUCAUCACUACCACCACCACUGUCUGUGGGUAGACAUCAUCACUACCACCACCACUGUCUGUGGGUAGACAUCAUCACUACCACCACCACUGUCUGUGGGUAGACAUCAUCACUACCACCACCACUGUCUGUGGGUAGACAUCAUCACUACCACCACCACUGUCUGUGGGUAGACAUCAUCACUACCACCACCACUGUCUGUGGGUAGACAUCAUCACUACCACCACCACUGUCUAUGGGUAGCCAUCAUCACUACCACCACCACUGUCUGUGGGUAGCCAUCAUCACUACCACCACCACUGUCUGUGGGUAGCCAUCAUCACUACCACCACCACUGUCUGUGGGUAGACAUCAUCACUACCACCACCACUGUCUGUGGGUAGACAUCAUCACUACCACCACCACUGUCUGUGGGUAGACAUCACCACUACCACCACCACUGUCUGUGGGUAGACAUCAUCACUACCACCACCACUGUCUGUGGGUAGACAUCACCACUACCACCACCACUGUCUGUGGGUAGACAUCAUCACUACCACCACCACUGUCUGUGGGUAGACAUCACCACUACCACCACCACUGUCUGGCCCACUACAGGACACACUCCUACAGAUUACAUUUAUAGAUAGCACAACACAGGAAGUGCAUUGAAUCACUGUCACUGUCUCCUGUGAUGGGUAUCCUUGCAUGAGACCUAGGAAGUCAACUGUCACCCCCAGACAGGAAGCUAGUAAGGAGGCUACUGAGUACUCAUAGUGACCAUUCAGUUAUACUAAUGAGUGGACUCUAAGUUCAGUGUCUCCAAGUUUAGUACUGGAAAAAGUGAAUGGGUUCAGAGACAUAUUAACACAGUUUAUAUCACUCAUACAAUACAUUAAGGCUUGUAUCAUCCAUGGAGAUGUAAAUACUCAUUUUAUGCAAGAAGAUAUCGCAUUAGUAGUAAAAAUUGCAUUUGUGGAUGAUGCCUAAGAGUGACCAAUAUAUUUUAUCGAGCAUUUAAAUAUCCUCCCAGUAAGAUCCCAUAGCAGAGCAAAGGCUUGGUCUGGAUUAGACUGAGAAUGACUGUCCGGCAGGUCAGACUGGCCAGCAGUGGCUUUAAGAGGAGAGGGAAGGAGACACUGAGCUAAGAUGUAGCGUAAGGGUCCCCUGUGCCACUGCAGGCAGUGUACAGUAUUGAGUGGGACAAUGACUGUACUAAAUGUAUUCAGAUCUGUCUCUGGGUUAUAUAAGCCUGUGCAGAGGAGAGCAGCUGAAGGGGUCGGCACAGAAGACACAGUACACUGGACAAAUAUAAUAACCACAAAAGCACUGAGGAAUGCAUGAAAAUGGCUUGCAUUGAAGGAUACUGCUUUUCACAGACCAAUAACAGCGGAGGAUCAUGUGCGUCUGCUUGUUUUGCACCAGAAUGUGGCUCACAGAAAGGGUAGCAUUACAGCAUAACCAGCAUAACCAAGAGAGGGAAUCUCACUCACAUAGACUAUUACCGUGUUAGUAUUUAUUUUAUGUUCUAUGUAUACAUAAGCUCUUCUCUGAGGUAAAAUAAAAUGUUAUCGACCAUCAAUGGAGUGUGUCUAAUUGCCACAUCCAGCAUCUCUUCUGUUUGAUUUUUAUCUUCUCCUCGUUCCUUUCGUGCCUCUGAGAGCAACGUGAACUUUUUUAAUGUUCAGCUUAUUAGAGAGCAUGACUGACCAGUGCAUCCAGCCACAACAGCCUAUGAAAUCCAAUCUCUCUGUAGGUAAACAGCCACAGGCUUAAGGAGUAGAAUGAUUUAUGUUUUUUCUGAAGUUAAAUAAAACACCUCUACUGUCAUGACAUAAGUUGUGUUUGUUUGCAGGAAACCACUACGGAAAGAGGAGAACGGGAUGAGUCGUGGGGAGUAUGCCAUGAGUGCACGCAACAAGAAGGCCAUGGGUCCCAACAAUACUGUG